GUGGUUUUACUGCGGUGAACUCCUGCCCUGCCUUCUGGUAGCUGGCUGCUGGUUCCCGACCCUGAGCUCUCAGUGAACCUGGGAAGGGGAUGAGAACAGGGUAGGUGAGCUCCAGCCAAGCCAGCCCUGCCAGAGACCUCCAGUUGCAGUGGAUGGUGCUCUGAGCCACAGUGUGCUUCACCCUUUGGAUCUAUGGACCUGCUUUGAACCAUAGAGCCUGCCUAUGGGGGAAGGUGACGCCAUCUGGGCCCCAUCCAUCCUUCCUCACAGUACCCUCAGUACCUUAAGCCACCACCCUGAGCUACAUUUUGGAGGGAAGAUGGAAUCUAAGGUCUCGGAAGGUGGCCUGAACGUAACCCUGACCAUCCGCCUACUGAUGCAUGGAAAGGAAGUUGGAAGCAUCAUUGGGAAGAAAGGAGAAACAGUAAAGAAGAUGCGUGAAGAGAGUGGCGCCAGGAUCAACAUCUCAGAGGGAAACUGCCCAGAGAGAAUCGUCACCAUCACAGGCCCGACCGACGCCAUCUUCAAGGCCUUUGCUAUGAUCGCAUACAAAUUUGAGGAGGACAUCAUUAAUUCCAUGAGCAACAGCCCUGCCACCAGCAAGCCCCCAGUGACACUGCGACUCGUGGUCCCUGCCAGCCAGUGUGGGUCCCUGAUUGGCAAAGGUGGUUCCAAGAUCAAGGAGAUCCGAGAGUCCACAGGUGCUCAGGUCCAGGUGGCAGGUGACAUGCUGCCCAACUCCACAGAGCGGGCAGUGACUAUCUCAGGGACCCCGGACGCCAUCAUCCAGUGUGUGAAACAGAUCUGUGUGGUCAUGCUGGAGUCCCCACCGAAAGGUGCCACCAUUCCCUACCGCCCAAAGCCCGCCUCCACCCCUGUCAUUUUUGCAGGUGGUCAGGCCUACACCAUCCAGGGACAGUACGCCAUCCCCCACCCAGAUCAGUUGACCAAGCUCCACCAGUUGGCCAUGCAGCAAACCCCCUUUCCUCCCCUCGGACAGACCAACCCCGCUUUCCCCGGAGAAAAGCUGCCUUUACACUCCUCCGAAGAAGCUCAAAAUCUGAUGGGCCAGUCGUCAGGUCUGGAUGCCAGCCCACCGGCCAGCACUCAUGAACUCACCAUUCCCAAUGAUCUUAUAGGCUGCAUAAUUGGACGCCAGGGCACCAAAAUCAAUGAAAUCCGACAGAUGUCUGGAGCUCAGAUCAAAAUCGCCAACGCCACUGAGGGGUCAUCAGAGCGCCAGAUUACCAUCACAGGGACCCCAGCCAACAUCAGCCUCGCCCAGUAUCUCAUCAACGCUAGGCUGACGUCUGAGGUCACCGGGAUGGGUGCACUCUAACCUCCCCAAGAUUCUCCACCUCACACAUCGGAUGGCUCCAGCCCGCAGCCUCACCAGCUGGCACACUGUACAGACUGCCUGUCCUUCCUUGCAGAAAUGACUAGAGCGUUUUCUUUACAAACAGAUGAUAGUACGUGUCUGCCCACUCAGGCCCUGUGCGCUCCGUCUUAGUGUAGCCUCCACGCCUUGGCAUGCCAUGCAGCUCUUUACUUUAAUGCUCAACGUGUUCCCAACUGUGAUGUUUCAGAGAUUGAUCCCUCAGUAUCCAUGUGACUGUCUGUUUAAAAGUUGGUUUGAUGCUUUAACAGCACUCCCUGUGUCCUGCUGUCCCUUGUUCUCAGAGACCCUCCCCUCUCGCCCGCUCUACUGACUCUUUCCCACCCUAGGUUGUACGCAGGGAUCAGAAGUACUUUUCUUGCAACCUACAGGGAGUGUCUGGAAGAGGAGGGACUGGGGGGAGUGUAUCUAAGGAGCAGAGUGGAGUGCCAGAGGAUGGGGUGGGACCCUGGCUUCACUAGGAUAUCUCGGGGAGGGGGCACUUGUGGCCCCCAGGUGUCUUCCAAGAUGGCUAAGAACAAGGACUUGCCAGAAAGUUCAUCUGCACCCAUCAGAGUUCAAUAAAUGUCGUGUUCCUCCCCCAUG